AUGGUGGCAAAAAGGACGAUCCGGCCUCACCGCAAAUCUCGCACAGGCUGUGCAACUUGCAAACGUCGCAAAGUCAAGUGCGAUGAGAGAAAACCGUGCAGCAACUGCAUCCGUUUCAGUCUUCCUUGCGAUCUUGUCCCGGACGGCGCUCCUCUCCAUUGUGCCCCAGUCCCAGUCCCAGCCGCAAGGCGCGGUCGGGGUCGACCGCGAAAGACUUGGACAGUCUCCCCCGGCUCACCCACAUCAGCGCCGCAUCCAAGUACUACUAGUAGUAGUAGCCCAUCGACAUCAGGUUCACCAGCUACAAGCGCCGUCCCUCCGGCGCCGGUAAUAGACCCCGACAAUGCCGAGCUACUCAUGCACUUCAUCACCGUCGUAGCCGCGACCCUUGCCGCCGACGACAACAAAGACCCCGCCAUGCGCGGCUUCUGGACACGGAACGCACCCCACGUCGGCCUGAGCCACAGCUUCGUGCUGCACCUCAUCCUCGCCCUAGCAGCAUUCCACCUGGCCCACCUGGCAGCAGCAGAGCACACGAGCGGAGCAAGUGACGAGAACCACGACGACGGAGCAGUGCUCGACGACAUGGCCCGUUUCCUGCGCCGGAGUCGCGACGACUACCUGUGCCUCGCCCGGCGGCAGCUUACGGCAGGGCUGGCAGGCUUCACGGCCCAGCUAUCGCACCCGGCGCCCGCUAACUGCGGCGCGCUGUAUCUCGGCGCCGUGCUGACCAGCUACUGCACCUUUGCGGCUGGGCCGACGAGUCCUUCCGACCUGCUGGUCUGCACCGUUGACGAAAGGGAUCCCAGCAGUGAUGCCAGCAUAAGCGGGCCUGCACAGGACAGACUGUCGUCGUCGAAUGGAUCUUCGAUGCCGUUCGUAUACGGCGUGCGGCUCAUGAAACAGUCCUUCACUCCCGACGUGCUGUUCGCCGGUCCCAUGGAGGUGCUUGGCCCGCGCCCAGUCCCGAUGGAAGACACUUUGGGCGAGCCGGUGUGCGUGCGUGAGGCGUUCCCACGGCUGGAUUGGGAGUCGGCCUUGGCCGGGCUCAGGGAACUCAUCCUGACUGCCCGUCUUUCUCCUUCCUGUGAUGAUUCCGAUCAUUCCGAUCAUUCCGGCAGGGGUACGGACGUACUAGCAGUGGAAAAGGCGAUCGACCAGCUCAUCGAAAUCUACGCCGCCAUCUACGGGCGUCGACGCCGCACCGGCGGCGCAGGGAACGAAGAGGAGGAGUCGUUCGGCUACGACGGGCCGUCGGCGAACCAGUUCGUCUUUGGCUGGCUGUAUUGCAUGGAUCUCGGCUUCGUGGGGUGCGUUAGGAGGCGCGACCCAUACGCGCUUUUGGUGCUGGCCUACUACGCGGUGCUUCUGAACAGGGACGCCGUGCAGAGGGGGUGGUAUGUGGAGGGCUGGAGGGAGCACAUUCUCUCCAGGGUCUACUCCUUUCUUGUGGAUGCCGGAGAGACGUUCAGCUCGUGCAUGCGGUGGCCGAUGGACCAGGUUGGGUUGGCGCUUUGA